GAAGGCUUUCUUGAAAACCAAAACACAUCAGAAAACAACUCACUCAGGAACAGAGUGGUACAAAAGGGAGAAGACGUCAACACCAAGCAGGGGGAAGAGUAUGUCAGUAUUGAGCAAGAGUCUCCAAAAGGCACCGAAGACAUGGAAAACAAUGAAGACAUACAUCCAAAAGGGUGUCUGGAAAAGAAAUAUGAUGCAAUUUGUGGUAUUUGUAGAAAACACAAAACCACCCUUAGGUAUAUCAUCUGGGGCAUUUUAAUAGCAGGCUACCUGGGUAUGGUGAUUGCAGCUUGUGUGCUGAACUUUCGCAGAGCCCUUCCUCUUUUUGUGAUCACUGUGAUGAUCAUCUUCUUCCUUGUCUGGGAUUGCCUGAUGGCCAAAUAUGAAGAUCGAAUUGUUGAGUUCCUGGCUCCUGGGAAAAUGCUUCUGAAUAGCCAUUGGUUCUGGCUGAAGUGGGUUCUUUGGAGUUCACUGAUCCUGGGAGUGAUUUUCUGGCUGAUCUUUGACACGGCCAAGUUAGGCCAACAGCAGCUGGUGUCUUUUGGUGGACUUGUAAUGUACGUUCUCCUGACAUUUCUAUUUUCCAAGCACCCAACCAGAAUAUACUGGAGACCCGUCUUUUGGGGAAUUGGGUUGCAGUUUCUUCUUGGGCUCUUAAUUCUAAGGACGAACCCUGGUUUUGUGGCAUUCGAUUGGUUGGGCAAACAAGUUCAGACUUUCCUAGGGUACACUGACGCUGGUGCUGCCUUUGUCUUUGGUGAGAAGUAUGAAGACCACUUCUUUGCAUUCAAGAUCCUGCCCAUCGUGGUCUUCUUCAGCACUGUCAUGUCGAUGUUGUACUACCUCGGACUGAUGCAGUGGCUCAUCAGAAAGGUUGGAUGGUUAAUGCUAGUUACUAUGGGAACGUCUCCUAUUGAAUCUGUAGUUGCUGCUGGUAAUAUAUUUGUUGGACAGACGGAGUCUCCAUUGCUGGUUCGACCAUAUCUACCAUACAUCACCAAGUCUGAGCUCCAUGCAAUCAUGACCGCUGGCUUCGCCACCAUUGCUGGAAGCGUCUUAGGUGCAUACAUUUCUUUUGGGGUUCCGUCUUCUCACUUGUUAACUGCUUCUGUUAUGUCAGCGCCGGCCUCACUGGCUAUUGCGAAACUCUUUUGGCCAGAGACAGAAACACCUAAAAUCACCCUUAAGAAUGCCAUGAAAAUGGAAGAUGGUGAGUCAAGAAAUCUCCUGGAGGCGGCAUCUCAGGGCGCAUCCUCAUCCAUUUCCCUGGUAGCGAAUAUCGCCGCGAAUCUGAUCGCCUUCCUGGCACUGUUGUCUUUUCUGAAUUCAGCCCUGUCCUGGUUUGGAAACAUGUUUGACUACCCACAGCUGAGUUUUGAGAUAAUAUGCUCCUAUAUCUUCAUGCCCUUUUCCUUCAUGAUGGGAGUUGACUGGCAAGACAGUUUUAUGGUCGCCAAACUCAUAGGUUAUAAGACAUUCUUCAAUGAAUUUGUGGCUUAUGAGCACCUCUCAAAAUUUAUUCAGUUGAGGAAAGCAGCUGGACCCAAAUUUGUGAAUGGGCAGCAGCAAUAUAUGUCGAUUCGUUCUGAGACCAUUGCCACGUAUGCUCUCUGUGGCUUUGCCAAUUUUGGCUCCCUAGGAAUAGUGAUCGGCGGACUAACAUCCAUGGCUCCUUCCAGAAAACGUGACAUCGCAUCAGGUGCCGUAAGAGCUCUGAUUGCAGGGACCAUUGCCUGCUUCAUGACGGCCUGCAUUGCAGGCAUACUCUCUAGCACUCCUGUGGACAUCAACUGCUAUCAUGUUUUAGAGAAUGCCUUCAAUUUCAGCUUACCUACAAACCCAACCGAAACAACCUCUUGUUGUCAAAAUCUAUUCAACAGAACUAUCAUCAAUGGUCCUGGUAAGAACAUCCCAGAAGGAAACCAUAGCCUGCUUUUUUUGAAGGGCUGCUGCAGAUUGUUGAAUCCAGCAACAGUUAAUUGCAGUUCGAUCCAUAAUUCAUUUUGA